UAGAACCCUAAAACUCAUUCUUUUCUCUCAACGAAUUGAAAGUUUGAAACCCACUCCAGCCGAUAAUCCUUUUCACAUACGCGGGGAAAAAAAAACAGAGCAUUUCAGAAGCUGAUGGCCGGAAAAACAGGGUCUACGCCGGCGACAUAUUCGCCGUCUCCGGCGACGCGGAAGAAGAAGAGAACUCCCAUUGGUGAUGCUGAUUGGGUUCGCCCCGAUAAUCGUAGCUUCUACCAGUGCCGUCCUGCUUAUCUGAGGACUGGUGCUGUGAGUACAGCUGCAGGAUCAGCAUAUGCAGAGUUUGGAAACACCAAGGUCAUCGUAUCUGUGUUUGGGCCAAGGGAAAGUAAGAAGGCAAUGAUGUACAGUGAUACAGGACGCUUAAAUUGUAACAUUAGUUACACAACUUUUGCCACCCCUGAUCAUGGACAGGGAUCAGACAACAAGGAGCUUUCCUCAAAGCUACAUAAAGCUUUAGAGGGUGCUAUAAUUCUGGAAUCCUUCCCAAAGACUACUGUGGAUGUUUUUGCUUUGGUAUUGGAAUCUGGUGGAAGUGAUCUCCCUGUGGUCAUAUCAUGUGCUAGUCUAGCUUUAGCAGAUGCAGGAAUUUUGCUGCAUGACUUGGUUGCCUCAGUUUCUGUGUCUUGUCUUGGAAAGAACCUCGUCAUUGAUCCCGUUUCUGAGGAAGAAAGCUACCAAGAUGGAAGCUUAAUGAUUACUUGUAUGCCUUCACGUAAUGAGGUCACUCAACUGUCUAUAACUGGAGAAUGGUCAACACCAAAGACUAAUGAGGCAAUGGAGCUAUGCCUUGGUGCUUGUUCUAAACUAUGUGAGGUUAUGAGAUCAUGUUUGAAAGAUGCUGUUACUGAUUCAAAAGAAUAGACCAUGGUACAUGUGUAGGUCAAAAUUACAGAAUUAGAUAUUAGUUUGCUCCUAUCAGGCCGGUAAAUUUGCAAUUCCCGAUUAAAGUUUUCCACACUGCCUGAUUUUUUCCUGUGAAUUCUGUCAAUCAAAGGUUUUGGUUCGCUAAUUAGGUUCUCCGUUAGAAUGUUUGAUUGCAAUGAAGCAUUGUUUAGAUAUAUUGGCAAGAAUAUUGAAAUGAAGGAUCCUUUACUCUC